CAUUAUCAAACACAAUUGUUUUCAGAAUUAAAAAAAAAAUGGGAAAUUGCAUCAGAAAAGAGUCCUCCAUGCAAUGGGGCGGCGAAGAUUGGGGAUCUCCGGCUUCAGAACAUCUCUUUUCCGGCGAUACUUCAAAGCUAACGAAGAAGUUAGAAGAAGAUAAAAGACUUCUAGAAAAAAGCUCGGAAGGUUUUCCAUUUCAUGAGUCAUCGUCUAAGACGCCAGUGACGGAAGUGAAGAUCAAGAUCACGAAGAAGCAGUUGGAGAAACUGUUGGGCAGCGCCGACGUACAGGGGUUGUCGGUUGGGCAGGUACUUGCUCAGUUGAUGGACGUCAGUGAUGGAUAUGAGACGCAUCAACGGCAAUGGAGGCCUGUCUUACAGAGCAUACCGGAGGUGGAAUGAGUUGAUCGGCGCGUAGGUAUUUUAGUGAAGGUGUGAAUACGAGGUCUUUUGUAAGGAACCUCUCUGCCUCCAUUGGAAGUGGUAAAUAGACGAAUGGGGUUAGAGGGGUCAGAGAGGUUUUUU